GCGGCAAGAGAGCAAACUACAACCAGCAGUGGGACCAGAGGGUGGCUCCACAGGCAGCGAGGUGCCCUCGGUCCCCAGCAUGGCCUCCUCGGCCUGGGCCAUCUGCUGCCUCUUGGGGAGUCUCCUGUUCCACAGGGGCAGCCCAAGCCCCAGCGCCAGCGUGCCCCGCCUGCGGCUCUCCUACCGAGAACUCCUGUCUGCCAACCGCUCCGCCAUCUUCCUGGGUCCCCGGGGCUCCCUGGACCUUCGGGCUAUGUACCUGGAUGAGUACCGAGACCGCCUCUUUCUGGGGGGUCGCGAUGCCAUCUACUCCCUGCAGCUGGACCAGCCAUGGGCAGACCCCCGGGAGGUCCUGUGGCCGCCGCAGCCAGGACAGAGGGAGGAGUGUGUUCGAAAGGGACGAGACCCUUUGGUGGAGUGUGCCAACUUCGUGCGGGUGCUGCAGCCCCACAACAGAACCCACCUGCUGGCAUGCGGCACCGGGGCCUUCCAUCCCACCUGCGCCCUCAUCGCGGUUGGGCACCGUGGGGAGCAUGUACUUCACCUGGAGGCUCACAGUGUUGAAAGUGGGCGGGGGCGGUGCCCGCAUGAGCCCAGCCGUCCUUUCGCCAGCACCUUUGUAGGUGGGGAGCUGUACACGGGCCUCACCGCCGACUUCCUGGGGCGUGAGGCCAUGAUCUUCCGGAGUGGGGGUGCCCGGCCGGCCUUGCGUUCUGACUCUGACCAGAACCUCCUGCACGACCCCCGGUUUGUGAUGGCUGCCCAGAUCGCGGACAACUCUGACCAGAACGAUGACAAGGUGUACUUCUUCUUCUCGGAGACUGUCCCUUCGCCAGACGGGGGCCCGGGCCAUGUCACCGUCAGCCGCGUGGGCCGCGUCUGCGUGAACGACGCUGGUGGCCAGCGGGUGCUGGUGAACAAGUGGAGCACCUUCCUCAAGGCCAGGCUGGUCUGCUCGGUGCCCGGUCCCGGUGGUGCCGAGACCCACUUUGACCAGCUGGAGGAUGUGUUCUUGCUGUGGCCCAAGGCAGGGAAGAGCCUCGAGGUGUACGCACUGUUCAGCACGGUCAGUGCUGUGUUCCAGGGCUUUGCAGUCUGCUUGUACCACAUGGAGGACAUCUGGGAGGUCUUCAAGGGGCCCUUUGCUCACCAAGAUGGUCCCCAGCAUCCGUGGGGGCCCUAUGGCGGCAAGGUGCCCUUCCCCCGCCCUGGCGUGUGCCCCAGCAAGAUGACUGCGCAGCCUGGGCGACCCUUUGGCAGCACCAAGGACUACCCGGAUGAGGUGCUGCAGUUUGCCCGAGCCCACCCGCUCAUGUUCCGGUCCGUGCGGCCUCGGUGGGGCCGCCCUGUCCUCGUCAAAACCCACCUGGCCCAGCAGCUGCGCCAGAUCGUGGUGGACCGCGUGGAGGCAGAGGACGGGACCUAUGAUGUCAUCUUCCUGGGAACUGACUCAGGGUCGGUGCUCAAGGUCAUGGCCCUCCAGUCUGGGGACUCAGCUGAGCCCGAGGAGGUGGUUCUGGAGGAGCUCCAGGUGUUUAAGGUGCCGACAGCCGUCACUGAGAUGGAGAUCUCCGUGAAAAGGCAAAUGCUGUACGUGGGCUCGCGGCUGGGCGUGGCCCGGCUGAAGCUGCACCAGUGUGAGACCUACGGCAGUGCCUGUGCAGAGUGCUGCCUGGCCCGGGACCCGUACUGCGCCUGGGACGGUGCUUCCUGCACCCGCUACCGGCCUGGCACCAGCAAGCGCCGGUUCCGCCGGCAGGACAUCCGGCAUGGCAACCCUGCCCUGCAGUGCCUGGGCCAGAGCCAGAAAGAGAAGGCUGCAGGACCGGUGGCCACCACUACAGUCUUCGGCACGGAGCACAACAGCACCUUCCUGGAGUGCCUGCCCAAGUCUCCCCAGGCAGCUGUGCGCUGGUUCUUGCAGAGACCGGGGGGCCAGGGGCCCGACCAGCAGGUGAAGACGGACGAGCGAGUCCUGCAGACGGAGCAGGGGCUGCUGAUCCGCAGGCUCAGCCGCCUGGAUGAGGGCACCUACACCUGCACGACGCUGGAGCAUGGCUUCUCCCAGACUGUGGCCCGCCUGGCUCUGGAGGUGAUCGUGGCUGCGCAGCUCAACAGCCUGUUCCACCGGGGGCAGAGGCUGGAGGAGCCCCCUGCCCGGGGAAGCCUGGCCUCCACCCCACCCAGGGCCUGGUACAAGGACAUCCUGCAGCUCAUCGGCUUCGCCAACUUGCCCCGGGUGGACGAGUACUGUGAGCGCAUGUGGUGUUCCUCCCGGAGCCGGGGCAAACAGGCCAAGGGCAAGAGCUGGGCAGGGCUGGAGCUGGGCAAGAAGGUGAAGAGCCGGGUGCAGGCCGAGCGGAAUCGGACACCCCGGGAGGUGGAGGCCACAUAGAAGGCGGAGGAGGGGGUGGUUGGGAUGGGCCGAGUGGCCCAGAAUCAGCCCCCAGUCUCUCCCACCCACCCAGCGAGGGCAGAGGGGGUCAGCAGGCUUGAUCACCUCUUACAUAUGGGAGUCUCUGCCCCGCAAGCCCCUACCAGGCCGCUUCAGGAAAGGCUGGGGGCCUGAUGGAGGGACCCUGUGCCUGUUCCCUGCACCUUUCUGCUCUUAGUUCCAGAUGGAGCCACCACCCUCUGGCCACGGGCAACCCCAGUGGGCUGGCUAUUUGUUCUCAGAGGUGGUCCCCAGAGUGCAUUUCCGGUUGUGCCCAGAGGCAAGAGGGCAGGGUGGUUCUUUCCCAGCUGCAGAACAAAGGCCAUUCUGAGUAACCCUUAGAGUAGGCGUGAGGGUGCCCCUGAGGAGGUACUGGCAGGGUGCCCUUAGGCUGCCAGAGGAGGGUGGACAUUGCCUCUAGGCUGGCAAUGGUUAGAAGACCUACACUGACUGGGUUGGGGAGGAAAAGAGGAAAUGCUGAGAAGGUAGACACCCCCCGCCCCUGCCCUGCACACACUGUGCCCUGAUACCUUGGUGAUCCCUUGCCACUGCCCACCGCCUGUUCUCCAUCACAGAAUCACAGCAUAGACUGCUAAACUCCCUGCAACUUGGGGAUGGGCUGGGCCUCAGGCCCUACUUCUUAAACCAAAGGGCUUCUCAGCCUGACUUCCCUUCCCCAGGCUCCUGAGCUGCAGGCCAGGUUUCCUGGGAUGCCCAUCCCUCCCCACCAUCAGGGCCUCCAUGCUGACGAGCAGGGUGAGGAUGGGUUCUAGGAGAAUGUCUUCCCCAUCUGUGUGGACUAGCUGGGGAGGAGUGGGCUGUCUUUCCCAGGGUGAUGCAAACACACCCCCAGCCUGGGAGGGCGGCAAUGUGGCAGCUCUGAGAGCAUGCUGCAGCUAGUGGCAGGACCAGGGGUAGGACGGCGCCCAAGAACACAGAGGAUUGAGAGGCUUCUGAGAUGGGAGAGGGUGGGACCCUAGGAUGGGCAAUGGGACCCAGAAGCAAGCAUGCUCAAGGAUUCAAGAUGGCAUCAAUUAGGUGAGGAGCCACUGGGAAGGCCAGAUGUUUCCCACCCUGGAAUCUUCAGUUUCUGCUAAAUAAGGAUUGGUCCUGGAUGGUUCUUAUGAAGGCUCUUUUCUUUUAAGGGGAAAAAUAUGGGGGAAAGCUGCUAAGAACUCUAGGUCCUGCAGGUUCUUGGGGCUGAGGCUCAGGUGGCCAGGAUGCAUUCUAUCUGUGCAUAUAGGCAGGUGUUUUGCCAUUGGCAGCAAUGUCUUUCUUGAGCUGGGGAACACACGGAGGAGGAGGAGGAGGAGGACUAAAUGAAAAACCGUCCCCAGCUUGCAUACAAGCAGGUCAGUGACGCACAAAACUGGCAGGAGGGAGACAGGAACAUCAGGUUCAAGAUUCCCUCCUUUAAAAAAACGAGAUGAAUAAAGGAGAAAAAAAAAUAGAUAAAAAGCAAGACAGGGCUUCCUGUCCCAUUGAACUCAAACCCAGACUGAAUCUGCCUUAGAUUCUAUCUGUUCCACCCCCUCCCCCUCCCAACCCCCAACUGGGACCUGAAAGAAGCCCUCCUUCCCCCUUUGACUGCACAGCCAGUGAGCCAGAGCAUUGAUUGGAACCUGACAGCACUCUGGGAAGCCUUGGCCUGGGGUUUGAUGCUGGGCUGUCAGCAGGUAGAAGCAGAGGGGAGGACUGUGGAAGGAGAGCUGGAGGAAAUGGGGAGGGGGACCGAGAGGGGAAGGGGAGAGCGUAGAGCCCCAGGAAUGAUGUCAGCUAGCUCUGCUCCUCAGCCCAGGGGAGCCAGGAAGACACAACCAGGCCCUCAGUGGCCUGCAGGCUGGACCCAGGCGUGGCUGCCUCUGGAUAGGGUCCUCUGGGGAAGCUACUCUGGAAAACGGAGGAAUAAGGAGCUCAAAAUCCUGAACAACAAACACCUGCACUUGGAAAAUUAUGGACAGCUUCUACCAGCUCCCACCCCCCAUGGUACUAUGUGUUAUUAACCCCUGGAAAUGCCUUUAUGUGUGAAUUCUAUUUUUGUAUUCAGAUGUUGAGAUGGGCUUUGUGAUUUCUCUAAUUACUAUUGUUAUUUUGUCCUGACCACCCCUGAGCUCUGGUGAGGACAGUACAGUGGUCUACCACACAGAACCUAUAAGGAGAGGAAUGAAGUUAAUAUUUACAUCACAUAAUUAUAUCAUUAUUGUAUCUGUGUAUUUCUGUACUAAACUGACUGAUACCAUC